AUGGCUAACGCGUCUCUCAACUUUAUUACCUUUAACCAAGACCAUAGCUGUCUUGCUGUCGGUACUUCCAAAGGGUUUCGAAUUUACCAUACCGAUCCAUUUUCAAAGAUCUUCAGCAGCGAUGAUGGCAAUAUUGCCAUCAUUGAGAUGUUGUUCUCAACCUCUCUGGUUGCGUUGAUACUCUCCCCACGACAUCUGAUAAUACAGAAUACGAAGAGAUCUUCUGUCAUCUGCGAACUUACCUUCCCUUCUGCCGUUCUUGCGGUGCGUCUGAACCGCAAGCGACUUGCGGUCGUACUUGAGUCAGAAAUAUACUUAUACGACAUUUCCAACAUGAGUCUUCUCUUCACGAUUCCUACCUCACCGAACCCAGGUGCUAUAUGCGCCUUAUCGCCGUCCUCGGAGAACUGCUACAUAGCAUACCCGCUACCGAAGCCUCGUGAAGAUACUGGAGACAAGAGACCAGCACAUGCACCUCCCCUCUCAACUUACGUGGCUCCCACGUCAGGAGAGGUUCUGGUGUUUGAUACCAUCACGUUAAAGGCUGUUAACGUUAUUGAAGCUCAUCGGUCGCCACUGUGCAGCAUCUCGCUUAACAGUGAGGGCACGCUAUUAGCCACAGCCAGUGAGACCGGCACUAUCAUCCGUGUCUUUUCAGUCCCCGGAGGGCAAAAGCUGUAUCAGUUCCGCCGAGGCACUUAUCCCUCAACAAUCUACAGCAUGUCAUUCAACCUUAGCUCCACAUUGCUAUGUGUGUCUUCAACCUCCGACACGGUUCAUAUUUUCCGUCUUGGUGCCCCUCCUCCAGGAAACAACUCUGCUUCUGCCGCCAUGGAGUCUCCUGCUUCUCCAAGGCAGGAUCGAUGGUCUCGAUCACGUAGUUACGAUAGUGCCAAUGAAUCGCCUGUUGGUAGCGUGGCUGGCUCCCCAAGGAGCGACUUGGCCGAGCCCGCCGGACCAAGCAAUGGCGGCAACACUCAGCAAGUGAGCAGACGGCAAAGUGGAUCAUUCAGUAGCAUACUGCGGCGAUCGUCACAGAUAAUGGGUCGCAGUGUGGCGGGUGUUGUUGGCUCUUAUUUGCCCCAGACAGUGACAGAAAUGUGGGAGCCGCUACGCGACUUUGCCUAUAUCAAGAUCCCGAAAUCAUCAAUUUCACCAACUGCAUCAAAUCGAAGUGGCAGCCACGUGAGCGGAUCACAACUCCCCAACGGCCCUCUACGGAGCGUAGUGGCCAUGAGCAGCAGUAGCCCGCAAGUGAUGGUUGUUACCAGUGACGGAGGCUUCUAUGUGUACAAUAUUGACAUGGAGCAUGGUGGAGAGGGCUACCUUGUCAAGCAGUUUUCUGUACUAGACGGCGAUGACAAGCUAGAUGCAUCAUCCUACGGAACAUGA